GUUACGUACAAGUCUAACUCAGACAAGAUACCAUGAUUAAGUUGUUUAAGGUGAAGGAAAAACAGAGAGAGCUUGCUGAAAAUGCAAAUGGGAAGCCACCGGUGAAGAAGCAAAGUGCAGGAGAACUGCGACUUCACAAAGAUAUAAGUGAGUUAAAUCUACCAGAGACAUGUAGUAUAGCAUUCCCUAAUGGAAAAGAUGAUCUAAUGAAUUUUGAGGUUACCAUUAGGCCUGAUGAGGGGUACUACUUAGGUGGAAAGUUCAUAUUCUCCUUCCAAAUAUCAUCCGUAUACCCUCAUGAAGCCCCAAAGGUCAAAUGCAAGACAAAGGUUUACCACCCAAACAUUGACUUGGAGGGAAAUGUGUGUCUUAACAUCCUCCGAGAAGACUGGAAACCGGUGUUGAACAUUAACACUAUAAUUUACGGGCUGUAUCAUCUCCUCACGGAACCAAACCAUGAUGAUCCUCUCAAUCCAGAUGCAGCCGCGGUGCUGAGGGACAACCCAAAGUUGUUUGAAUCCAAUGUGAGAAGGGCGAUGUCGGGAGGCUACGUUGGACAGACAUUCUUUCCCCGUAGCCUCUAGGGCUCAGAGAAAAAAGAUAUUUGCCAUGUGACAGUUUCUCUGAAAUAUAGAUUCAAUGCACCUCUCUCUCACCCUCCCUUCAGUUUCAUGCAUAAAUGAGACCCUGCAGAUUGUGUGCGCAUAUGGCUUUCUUUGGGUGAAUUGUUAUUAUUUGUAAGAAUGUCAACCGUUCACUUGUAAUCAUUCCUGCACUGCGUCAGGUGCUAUUAAUUUAAACUAUGUGUUCUGUUGUUGUUAGAUAUUUUAAGGGAAAUGAUCAAAUAAGUUGUUCUAUUCCCUCAAAACCGUCCCUUAAGUGUGUACUUGGAUGAGUGGAUCUACUCAUAAAAAAUGAUCAGCUAAACCAUGACCUGAAUGUGACUUGUUGUAGCUGUUUUUUUUUUUUGCUUGUGUGGCAUUUAUUUUUAUUAUC